AAAGAACUUCCAAUCCUCGGUAAGGUAGUAAGCCUGCAUGUGCGGCCUGGCCCGGCUCUAUCAGGCUACGCCCAUUGCUCACCAUCGGGUUGCCAUGUGCAUACAAGCCCUCUCGUCUCGUCUCGAGGCAAGAAAAUAAAUAGGUGGCUCUUCACCCUGUAGUUCCGGUUGACCUUUGCCCUCACACUAUCCUGUAUCGUACAGAUAUAUCGCGAUCGCUACUAAGUACAUACAUAAUAUCCUGUCGAGUCUCGGCCGACAUCACCAUCGUUUUGCAACUCACCCAGUCGCUUGAUCAACCGCGUUGCUAAAACCUAAUACCACCACAAUCGCUAGCAACCCUCGCUAUCACCAACCAAAAUGAGAGUAACGCAUAUCCUUGCUGCCGCCGUUGGCUUAUUUGCUGCCGUCGAGGCCACUACGGGCGAGCAUACUGCUUGGACUACCGUCUUCACCACCGACUAUACCACCUACUGCCCGUCCCCGACUACCUUCUCUCACCACAAUGUGACCUAUACUGCUACCUCGGAAACCACCAUCACGGUCACCAACUGCCCUUGCACCGUCACUUACACCAAGCCGCCCCCGAUCACCAAGUCGUACACCAAGCCACCCCCGAUCACUAAGUCGUACACCAAGCCCACUUGGUACCCGACGGGAUCCAUCUCUAAGUCCUCGGUCCUGAACUCUACUUACACGCAGCCGCCGCCGCCGCCGCCGACGACGACGCUCACCUCCGGGACCAGGACACCGCCCCCGCCAACGAGCAGUCCGACUACGAUCGCCACCGCAGCUGCCGAAAGGAUGGGGCCCGUCGGUGCCCUCAUCGCCGUGGGCCUGGCUGCUCUUGCUCUGUAAUUCUAGUAUCGCGAGAAGUCGUGACGCUAUUCGGUUUUGCAGAUACCCCCCCUUUUUCUUAUUUCUACUUUUAUAAUAUCCCAGGUGGCAUUCGACUACCAACCUGUUCGUCUUCGACAGAGAGGGGCUUUUCAGAGAAACUGUCUCUCUGAAGGUUCAGCAAGCUUGAGAGUCGGACGGAGCGGGGGCGAGUGUACUUUUGCGGACAAUGUUCUAUACCCUCCUUGACGGCCAAGGAAACCCUACGGGACACUUGGUGCCUUAAUUAUACGUUACGACGAUUGACGAGGUUAUGUGGGCUUCUACGGGAGGAAACGGAGUUCUGAAGGGGAGUUGAGGCUCACAUGGUGGGAGGAGGCGGGUGAAGAGAAGGAAUUGGGGAUCCAUCUAACUGCGAUAUAUACCUAUAUAUGAGGUGUGGUGCGCAUCUAUGCAUGCGCGCUCUCACAGAGUACAUAGUAGUAGUUAAUACUAUGCCGUUACGGCUGAAGAAGAUACACACACUCCCUUAGGGAUAUAUAUAAUGCCCAGACAAACCUACACGGAAAUACCAAAAUAAACAGUAAAUAACUACUGAA